CAAUUGAGUCCCUCUUUAAAAUAUGUUUUAGUUUGUGAAAAGGAAUUUGGUAAUGAUGCAAUCAUAGUAAAGAUGUCGAAACCAAAGUGGGGUAAGGUGGGGUUAGCUUCGUAUUCAUUCAUUUAUACGGCCUCUCGUUCGUUUUAUGCGACGACAAUCCCCAAUUCAUAUUAAUUAUUAAUUAUUAUUGUUAUUAUGGAUUAACGCUGCUUCUUCUUCUUCUUCUUCCUUUCAGGUCAUACGAUUACAAAGUUGAUUGAUUCACUAGGAAGCCUUUGAUCGGAGCUAUGUCUUCCUCUUUUCCAUCUUCCUCAAUGCAGGCUGCAUCGAUAAAUUCCAACAUCAGAAGCGUUGGGCACAUGUUUUCAACUCNUGCUGAACUUCCUGACAACAUACUUUUUUCCUCGGCUUCAGAAGCACAUUCUACGACAUUUGUUUCUCCCCCUCAAGAAAUUGAUGCUAUCUCCUGGGGAACAGAUCCUAUUGAAAAUAUUCUUCAGCUUCCUGAUAAUGUUCCCUUCCAGAAUGAUCAGGUGGAAUACAAUGGUUCUUACGUCUUGGAUGGAAAUGGUAAACCAACGGAUUUCAAGGAGUGGGUUGAUCAGUUAAUGUCGGAUGAUGAUUCUCUUCAACCAAAUUGGAAUGCACUUCUCGGUGAUAAUAAUAAUAAUAACAAUAUUGCAGAACCAAAGCCAAAGGAAACCCAGGUUUCACUGCAGCAGUAUGUACCAUCUAAAGAAGUUAACGAUCUUCCUAAUUCUGUGUCGACUACAUCACAACCUAAGCCCAGAAUGCGCUGGACUCCAGAACUUCAUGAGGCCUUUGUAGAAGCAGUCAAUCAGCUUGGUGGCAGUGAGAAGGCUACUCCAAAGGGUGUCUUGAACCUGAUGAAAGUUGAGGGCCUUACCAUCUAUCAUGUGAAAAGCCACUUGCAGAAAUAUAGAACUGCCAGAUACAAACCGGAAUCAUCAGAAGAAAUUCCAGAGAAGAAGUUGGCUUCAAUUGAAGAAAUGACGUCUUUAGACUUAAAAACGACUAAGGGGAUUACGGAAGCUUUGCGAUUGCAGAUGGAACUCCAGAAGCGACUUCAUGAACAACUUGAGAUACAAAGAAAUUUACAAAUUCAAAUUGAGAACCAAGGGAAGCGUCUACAGAUGAUGUUUGAGCAACAGAUUAAGUCAGAUGAUCCUUCUGCUCCACUAUCAAGUGAUGUGCUACCUUCUCCAGUUGAAAAUUUAGAAAACUCAAAUGAGGGUCAUGAAAAAAUUGGAAUCAGUGGUAGCACUCCUCCCAACAUGCCUGAAGAAAGUUUCCAGGAUGCAAGCAUAAAACAAAGGGGAGAAGAUGCUCAAAUUAUUGAUGAACUUGAGCUGGGAGAAGACCAACUUGCCGCACCACCCACAAAACGAGUGAAGACUGACUGACAAAUUGAUGAAAGCAGAAUGGUUUCCAACCCUGUAAAGGCGUCUUCUGUUUCUGCUUUUACAGAUAACAUGCUGGAACUUCCCUUUCUGAUUUUGACUAUGACCUCCUUAAUCGGUGAUUAAUUUCACAGUAUCUACUUCUUGUCCUUGAUUUAGGGUAUCAUUUUGCAUUGGGAAACUUCUCUCCAGAUAUUUUUUGUACAUUAAUGGAAUGUUUGGACAAUGGAGCUUCCUGAAAUAUCGUUAGAUCCUGGGAUAUAUCAACUAUAUUAUUAGUGUUUUAUGUUAUGGGAGCUGCUAUUUGCAUUCGCCUUUUUCUCAUAAUACUCUUAACAGAAUUUAACUUCCACAAUCUGUUCUCAUCCUUUUGGGAAGUAAACUUUUGAAAUCCCUCUCUGUUCCUUUUCCCUUUCCUCUCCCUUCCCCUCCCCUCUAAUUGUCUACUUCCUUGUGCCGAGAUAAGAUUGUAGUAUCAUAACCAUCUUUGAGAUGAAUGCAGAUAGAGCUAUAUAUAGAGAAGAAAGGCAUCAUCGAAGCAUAGUAGUAGAAACAUAAUCACAUUUGAAGAAAGGUUUAUUUGAAUUUUUAUUGUUCUUUUUUAUUCGGCACAUAUUUAUUUAUGUUAUGUAAGUUAAUUAUCGAAUCAGGGAACAAGGAAGAUUUUACCCAAUGUAAUAUAUUCUCUUAAUAGAGGUAAUUAACUUGUUUCGAGGAAAUAAGAACACAUUUAUGUAUUCUGUAAAUUAAUUUCGGAACUGUUAAUGCCUUUCAGAAGUUAA